AUGUACCUCCCAAUUCCACCACCUUCACCACCUGAGGUGAAUGCCAUUCGUUCUGUUCUUGAAGACAGUGAGAGGGUUUUGGAAAAACUACAAAAGCAAGAAGAUGCAAUGUUGUUUGAAGUGACACAAAAGGCAAAAGAGCUUCAUGAAAAAGAGUUUAAGCUUCCGGAAGCAAAACCUAUGCCAUGUUUGACCGAUUUGACCGCUUGUUUGGAUUGCUAUAAAGAAAAUGUCAAAGACCCGUUGAAAUGCAGUACCCUUGUCAAGAAUUUUGCAGAUUGUGCUCGCACUAUAAGGCAACAGAUCCGUGAAUUAAAAUAA